AUGGCAGAACAGAAUUCCGACCAAAAGAAUCCAACGGCUUGGAAUCGGUCAUUCGAAAUUCUUGCGAACGAACUUCUUCCAGUGCUUCACCACUGGUCUCGGGUUCCUCAAAAGAUCAUCUCAUUCACACCUACUCAAAGCCCUUCAUUCUUCGGCCUUCGGCCCUCAUCAUCUAGCCAUGCUGUCUCCGACCUUCCGUCCCUCACCUGGGGUAAAGAUGCGGACUUUAUUCUUGAUUUCGGCAUCCAUAUGGUUGGAUAUCUGAAAUUCCGGCUCUCAUCAGUAGGCGCACACAUGGAUGCCCCGUGUCGACUGCGACUCACCUUCGGAGAAUCUCCUUUUGAUGUCACAAUGGGCAUGGAGGGGGUGAAAACGUGGAUUAGCACAUCCUGGCUUCCAGAUGAGAUAGUCAAUAUCGAUGAAUGUCCUCAGGUUGUAGCACUCCCACGACGCUACUCCUUCCGCUACCUUCGCGUACAAGUCAUCGAUACUUCUCCGAAAUACAAGGUCUCAUUCUCCGAAAUCAGUUGUGAAUGUGUCAGUGCCAUCGCCCAGGAUCAUGCCCUUGAGAUGGUCGAUUUUGGAAAUCAACUUCUCCAGGAUAUUGAUCAUGUCAGCAUCUCUACGCUCAGAGAUUGUAUGCAGACUGUCUUUGAAGAUGGGCCUCGUCGAGACCGAAGACUUUGGAUCGGUGAUCUUCGUCUCCAAGCUCUAGCCAACUACAGCACACUGCGGGAUUUCAAUCUUGUCAAGAGGUGCAUUUUCCAAUUUGCGGCAGUUGUCCGCGAAGAUGGCUCAUUGCCGGCUUGUAUAUUCGAGAAGCCCUCACUAUCCCCUUCGACUGAUUAUAUCGUGGACUAUGAUGCUCUUUUCAGCGCCAUUGUCUAUGACUAUGUGUCCGCGUCCGGCGACGUUGAAGCUGGGCACGCUCUUUGGCCAACCGUGUUGCAAUGCGUCAAGCGUUCACUGUCAAGUCUCAAUCCUAAAACACACGUCUUUGAAACAGAGCGAAGUCAGGGAUUCAAGUUUAUUGACUGGGCGUCGGAUCUAGACAAAAAUGCUGCACCGCAUGGCUUGUUGGUGUAUUGUCUCAAGAGAAUCAACAGUCUCGCCCAAAUACUAGGCAAAGAAGCACCCUACUUCGGUGUUGUGGAUAAAAUGACGGCUGCUGCAACAGUUUUCCUCAGGGAUGGCGUUUUCAUUUCUGGACCAGAGUCCCAGAUUAGCUACGGCUCUGCAGCCUGGCUUGUUCUCUCUGAGGUGUUUGCUCCCGCAAUUGCCCGUGGAGCGCUCAUCAAGACGCUCAACCAUCCCUUAGCUAUGAAGCCCUUGACACCAUACCUCUGGCACCACGUCUGCGACGCGCUUGUUCAAGUAGGCUGCUAUGAUGAGUGUCUCGAUAUCAUCAAGUCAUACUGGGGUGGCAUGGUCGAGGCAGGAGCAGAUACCUUCUGGGAGUGUUUUGACGCAGAGGAUGCAAAGGCGAGCCCCUAUGGUGAUGUGCGCAAUAACAGUUUCUGCCAUGCCUGGAGCUGUACGCCUACAUAUUUCCUCAGGGGAAAGUUAUUGCAAAGCGUGAACGGUAAAGUAACAGGCAAGGUCACAAUGGGGGAGCUUGAUAAUCGAUGGGUUGAACGGUCUCUAGCUCAACUAUCAUGA